AUGGAAUCAGAUGAUGAUAUCGCACCACUGAUUGAGGAUGUGGGUGAAAACCAUCCGCACAUAUAUCUGGAUUUAAAUGCUCAACUACUUGCUUUAGAUACAGAUUUUGAACAGGUAGUAUAUGGUUACAAGAAGAGUCGAUGGCGGACGGCAUUGGUGUAUACCUUUUCUUCUUUUUUUGCCUUCUUGCCUUUUCUCGUCUUCCAUUGGUGUCCUACUUGGUUCCUGUACCUGACAUGCAUGAGGAGUUGCUUCCAACUGGCUGAUCAAGUUUUAGUUAUAGAAACAUAUCAAAAAAAGUGCAAAAAUUUUUACAUACAAAAGAUAUUAGAGAAAAACAUUGCAGAUACAAGUGGACUGUUGAAUGAAGGUUUCCAAAGUGAAGCUGCCGAUGAAAAGGUGCCUGUCGAAAGUCCAGAUGUUUUGCACACACCAAUACGAUUGGAUGAUGGUACUACACUCAAUGUGUUACGGUAUAAAUAUUUCCGUCACAAGAAGCAGUCGUUCAUAUGGGACGGGUUUCGGGCUCAAUGGUCUCGCUUGGCGGGCAUAGAGUGCGGAGUGACCUGUGCCCAACUUCAAGCUAUGGGCUCCACAGCGCCAUCUAGCGAGAAGAGAGUGCGGAUGCUAAACAUAUACGGUCUAAACGAGAUCAAAGUGCAGGUGCAAUCUAUAGCCACUCUAAUCCUGUUGGAAGUGUUCAACCCGUUCUAUGUGUUCCAACUGUUCACAAUAGCGGUGUGGUUGGCUGAACCGUAUUACUACUACUGCGCUGCGGUCGUGAUAAUGUCUACGUUUGGUGUUGCCACUUCGGUCAUACAGACUAGGAAGAACCAGCAGAACUUACGCGCCACUGUCGAAGCUUACGACACCAUGCAGCUAUUAGACGGACGGCAAGUAGACAGUAGAAUGGUGGCUGCCGGUGACGUCAUCGUUGUGCCGCGCCGGGGCUGCGUCAUGCUCGCGGACGCUGUGCUUAUCGGCGGCGCCUGCGUCGUCAACGAGAGCAUGCUUACAGGCGAAUCAGUUCCGGUGACAAAAACUGCCCUCUUACGUACAGACAAACAGUUCGACAUGAAGGUGCACGCUUCCAGCGUAUUGUUCUGUGGCACCAAAGUGAUACAAGCGCGCCCGUUCAACAACGAACCUGUGCGUGCCUUGGUCCUUCGAACCGGAUACAACACUAGUAAGGGCCAGUUAGUGCGCAGUAUUCUGUACCCAGUACCAGCUGACUUCAAAUUUGACCGCGACUCGUACAAGUUUAUCAUUAUAUUGGCGGGGAUAGCUCUUCUUGGAUUGGCUUAUACCGUGGCUUUAAAGGCAUAUCGCCAACUAACGCCCGGCGAUAUAACCUUAAAAGCGCUGGACAUAAUCACCAUAGUGAUUCCGCCCGCGCUGCCCGCCGCCAUGACGGUGGGGCGGCUGUACGCGGUGACGCGGCUCAAGCGCGCGCGCGUGGCCUGCCUCAACACCCGCGCCGUCAACGUGAGCGGCUCGCUCGACUGCGUGUGCUUCGACAAGACGGGCACACUAACCGAAGACGGGCUAGAUAUGUGGGGUGUGGUCCCAGUGACAGCGGCGACACACCCGCCUUCUCUAGGCCGCCCGCAGAGGGACCCCCGCCUAUUGAAUGAUCUACACGAACUCAAGAUAGCUAUGGCUACGUGCCACAGCCUUACUCUGUUAGAUGGGGAAUUAGCCGGAGAUCCGCUGGACUUGAAAAUGUUCGAAUCGACCGGAUGGACCCUCGAAGAGUUGGAAGUGCCCGAGAGUUCCAACUACGAAGUGUUAACUCCGACCAUUGUCAAACCAAAGAAAUCUGCGAACAUCAACGUGGACGAUAUACAUAUGCCUCUAGAAGUGGGUAUUGCACAGCAGCACCAAUUCGUAUCUUCUCUUCAACGAUCUUCCGUCGUCGUGCAGAUGAAGGGAGAAGAUGUAUUAAGAGUAUACUGUAAAGGGGCACCUGAGACUCUGCGUACUUUGUGCAAACCUCAUACUGUGCCGGAGAACUUGACCGAAGUACUGAGUUCGUACGCGGAAAAGGGGUAUAGAGUCAUCGCCCUGUCCACCAGGAUGAUGGAGACCACCUUUAAGGAUCUGCAGAAGAUGACCAGAGACGAGGUGGAACAUGACUUAGAAUUUCUGGGUUUGGUUAUAAUGGAAAAUCGAUUGAAACCCGCAACUACCGGCAUCAUAAGAGAGCUGAAGGAGGCAAAUAUUCACGUCGUCAUGAUCACAGGUGACAAUAUCCACACAGCAGUCAGUGUGGCCAAAGAGUGCGGAAUCCUAAUGAGUGGGGAGAGAGUGGUUCAUUUGUACGCAGACAAUAAUGUUAUAUACUGCGAGAGCACUACGCAGGGGACACCAGUAGGCGGUAAAGUGUUGUUGCACAAGGAAUGGAACAGCGAUGACAGCGGGCACGGGUCAUGGAGGGGCUCGGGUAGGUCCAGUGGGUCGUGGAGGGGCAGGGGGGAAUUGGAGGGGGGAGAGCCGCGGUACAAAGUGGUCAUGAGUGGAGAUACGUGGCGGGUACUACGCGAGCAUUACCCCCACAUGGUAGGGAGGGUCAUCUCCCGCGGGGCUGUAUUCGCUAGAAUGACUUCCGACCAGAAACAACAGCUGGUCACGGAGUAUCAGGCGCUUGGAUAUUACGUCGGCAUGUGCGGCGACGGCGCCAACGAUUGCGGAGCCCUACGGUCCGCGCACGUGGGGAUCUCCCUCUCCGAACUAGAGAGCAGCGUCGCCGCCCCCUUCACUAGCUCGCACCCCGACAUCGUCUGCGUCUCCCGAGUCCUGCGCGAAGGCCGAGCAGCCCUAACCACCAGCUUCGGAGUCUUCAAAUUCAUGAUCUCCUACUCCCUAACGGAAUUCUUCUCUGUCGCCUUCCUAUACUACUUCGAUUCGAAUCUAACAGACUUCCAGUUCCUCUACAUAGAUGUCGCCCUGGUGGUCAACUUCGCCUUCUUCUUCGGUAUGACUGAAGCGUAUACAGGUAAGUUGUGUAAAAUACCCCCCCUCACGUCGCUUUUAGGUCUAGUUCCUCUCUUCUCUCUCGUUUGUCAGAUGGCUUUAGUCGGAAUAGCACAGUAUUUAGGCUAUUUUGCCCUUUCCCAGUUCCCGUGGUAUGAACGCCAUUAUUACGAAGGUGAAGAGGCAAACGAGUGCUGGGAGAAUUACGUAAUAUUUGCGGUUUCAAUGUUCCAAUACAUAAUACAGGCCAUAGUUUUCAGUCACGGCUCGCCGUAUAGGAAAUCUGUGAUCACUAACGCCCAUCUUAUGAUCAUUUUCGUGGUAAUGACUGCUUUAAGCAUUUACAUAACGAUUGCGCCGGCGCAAUGGUUAGCGGAAUUCCUUCAACUGAAAAUGCCCAAAGACACACUUCUGGGUUAUGUAGUUCUUUUAAUAGUGGCGGUUCAGUUCCUAUUUGCUUUGUUCUUCGAAAGGGUAAUCAUAGAGUACAUGAUGGAGGGAAAACAGAUGAUUCCGAAGUGUUUGAAAGAGAAACGCGUGAGGAAGACACCCCAUUUGCUUAUUAAGCGUCAAUUGACAGACAUGGACUAUUUAGAGUACAACAGUAGCGUCUCUUAUGACAAGGAGACUGUGACCGUUUCUGAUUCAAGUUCAGGAAAAGGUUGA